AUGCCAAAGGAUGCAGUCAGGAUUUUGGUUACCGUAGCUGCAGGGCAAAUAGGCUAUGCUCUUGCCCCAAUGAUUGCAAGAGGAAUCAUGUUAGGGCCAGAUCAGCCCGUAAUCCUGCACUUACUUGACAUUCAACCUGUUGCCGAGUCCUUGAAAGGGGUGAGAAUGGAACUAAUAGAUGCUGCCUUCCCUCUUCUCCAAGGUAUUCUCGCUACAACGGAUGUCAAUGAAGCUUGUAAAGGUGUUAACAUUGCUGUUAUGGUCGGUGGUUUUCCCUGUAAGGAAGGAAUGGAAAGGAGAGAUGUGAUGCAUAAAAACGUACCAAUCUUCAAGGCUCAAGCUUCAGCUUUAGAACAACACGCGGCUCCUGAUUGCAAUAUCCUGGUGGUUGCCAAUCCUGCAAACACUAAUGCACUCACUUUGAAAGAAUUCGCCCCUUCAAUCCCAGUUAAGAAUAUCACAUGUCUUACUAGACUAGACCAUAAUCGAGCCCUAACUCACAUCUCCGAGAGGCUAAAUGUUGACGUUAGAGAUGUAGAGAAUGUAAUCAUAUGGGGAAAUCAUUCUUCAACCCAAUAUCCAGAUGCCAAUUAUGCCAUUGCCACCACCGACAGCGGAGAGAAGUCUGUCAGAGCACUUGUUGCUGAUGAUCAUUGGAUAGAUUAUGAGUACAUCAAUUCAGUGCGGGAACGUGGUGCUGAAAUCAUCAAAGCCCGGAAACUGUCAAGCGCAUUGUCUGCUGCAAGUGCUGCUUGCGACCAUGACUGGAUUAUUGGAACUGCCAAGGGAACUUGGGUUUCCAUGGGAGUGUAUUCUGAUGGUUCUUAUGGUAUCCAACCUGACAUCAUCUACUCAUUUCCUGUUACUUGCCAAAAAGGAGAAUGGUCAAUUGUGCAGGGUCUCAAGAUUAAUGAGUUCUCAAGAGAGAAGAUGGAUACAAGUAUGAAAGAACUAACUAGAGAAGAGUCAUUGGCUUAUUCAUGUCUCAAUCAAACAUAA